AUGUCCGACGAUGAUGACUACAUGAAUAUGGUCAUUGAGGAGCCUACUCAAAAGGAGACUUUUACCCAAAAAAAGCGCCGUGAACAACGAGAGGCCGAAGCCCGAGGUCGCGUCCCUUCUAAAGCGGAACGUGCUGCCCAAGAAGCCGCCCGCCGCGAUGAAGCUCUCGCAACGAGUACCCUCAACCCAACCAACAAGGGCUUCCAGAUGAUGGCCAAGCUAGGCUUCAAACCCGGCGAGGCACUCGGCAAACGCGCUGACAUUGCCACCGAAAGCGACUCCUCCAAAGCGCGUGCCGAGCCACUCAACCUCAUAUUUAAAGAGAAUCGCGGCGGAAUCGGUCUCGACAAUGAGAAAAAGCGCAAGAUUCGCGAAGAGGCCGAAGAAGCAUCCAAGAAAAUCAAGCACGAGGAAGGAACCUAUCGUGAUCGUGUGCGCGAAGAACGCGAGACGAAGCGGACCGAGGCGCAAGUGCGCGCUGCGCAAAAAGUCGCUGAGCGACUGGAUGCGGGCGAGGGACCAGACCAGGCCAAAACCGGGGAUGAAGACAAACCAAAAGAAGACGACCCGAAACCCAAGCGUAAGCCGGUCAAGCUCACGUCCCAGAUCAACGUUCUCUAUCGGGGUCUUAUUCGCGAGCGCGAAAAGCACGAUAAUGAUCGGCAGGCGCGCCAUGCUAUGCAGUCUUCUUUGCCAUCUUCUUUCUUCCCGAGGGCGAAGUUACCCGAAUACGAUGACCCGACACUGGAACGGGAUGACAAGAAAGCCCUUGGACAGCUUGAUCAGCAGACAUCGGCGCUGGAGAUCGAACUUGAGGAAGAAGAUGAGGAGCUUGAUGCUUUUAAUGCUCUUGAGCCCGGGGAGCGUCUGCAUAAGUUGGUUAUGUAUUUACGCGAGGAACAUCGGUAUUGUUUCUGGUGUAAAUAUGCCUAUGAAACCGAGGCCGAAUUGGAAGGAUGUCCUGGGCUUACAGAGGAGGAUCACGACUGA